AUGGUUGAGUCUGUGGAUCUCACCGAGAGUAGGCAAACGGAGGUCUUGGUAGUCGCAUGGGUUAUGACCGGAGCUGCCAUCUUAACGGUUGGCAUCAAGCUGUUUGCUCGAGCAAAGAUUGUCCAUGUCAUCGGAUGGGAUGACUUCUUCAUCUUCUUAUCGCUGACCUUCAGUAUCAUCGCGUCUUCGUUCGUGCACUAUGGAGUCGUAUUGGGAUUCGGUCGACACACUGCAGUUGUGGUAGCAGAGUUUGGUAAUGAGCGACUGUUCAAGGGUGCCAUGAUCCAGAUGCUUGGAUAUCCUUUCAACAUUGCCGCCUUCAGUUUCCCUAACAUCUCCAUCGCGAUCCUUAUAUGCCAGCUUCUCGACCCAAACCCUCGCCGGACCAUCGCAUUGUACGGCAUGGCGAUCUUGCAAGUUGUUUUCGCCAUGAUUACUAUUGCCCUCGCAUUUGGACAGUGCCGGCCUACCAACAAGUUGUGGGAGAAGACGCUACCGGGCUCUUGCUGGAACCCAAACGUGCUCAACUACUUCUCUUAUUGGCUUUGCGCAUAUACAACUCUCACGGAUGUCAUAUUGGCGGUGGUGCCAGUACGCGCUUUCUGGAACCUGCAGAUGUCACAAUCCACGAAGGUUGGUCUCAUUGUGAUGAUGAGCAUGACCAUGCUGUCCGCGAUUGUUACCACUAUCAAGGGGACAUAUUUGCCACUGUUCACCGAUACAAUAGAUCCUCUUUUCAACCCUGUACCUCUCGUGCUAUGGGGUCUGUAA